UGUCAGGACAGUGGCUAUCCUUGGAAGAGGGAAGUAACUGGAAAGAAGUAUGAAGAGGCUUCCAGGAUGCUGGUGAUGUUCUAUCUCUUGAUCUGGAUGCUCUAACAUGGAUGUUCGGUCUGUGAAAUUCUUUGAACUAUCCACUUAUGAUUUAUAUUAUACUUUCUUCUAUACAAAUAUUAUACUUCAGAAAAGAUUUUAGCAGUGUCAAUCACAGACUCCACAGCAGACCUAUGGAAUCAGAAUCUCUGGGAAUGGGAACUCAGGGCCUUGCAUUUUAAAAAUCUCUUUUCUGAGAGAGGGAUUCAAGACAGCCAAUUACUAGCAGCUCAGGAUUGUAGCUCCCAGUGAAAGUGCAGAGAAUGAGAGGACAUCACACUUUCAGAUGAAUUUUUCUUGCUCAUGGACCAAGAGAUUCCCAGCGGAGGAGCCCCACGGGUCACCAGCAUGACUCUUGUGGUCAGUGUGGCGGUUUUGCCAGUGCAGCAGUUCUUGGUGCAGAGUAAACAGGACUGGGUCCCCUUUUGGUCGACAUUGGGAGCUUUGGGAAGGCAGAGUCGCCUAUUCAGCUGAUUGAAAAAGGGACUCAAGAAGGAAGCCAGACCGGAGAUUCCCAAACAGAAAACCACACCACUGUUUUAGCCGGCGCGUGGGUUGGUCAGAUUUCGGCGCUGGGAAUCAACAAGUUGGACGUCCACUCAGAGACCUUAUUUGAAAGUUGUUAAUUACAAAGACGACAGGUGGACAAAUUUACAAUGAUGGGAAGAGACCAGCAUAAAAAGGCUGAAGGUACCCAAAAUCAGAAUGCCUCUCCCUCUACAGGGGAUCACAGUUCCUCAUCAACAAGGGAAGGAGGCCUGAUGGAGAACGAGUGCACUCCAUUAACAGAAUUAGGCUUCAGAAGGUGGAUAAUAAGAAACUUCUGUGAGUUAAAAGAGCAUGUUUUGGCCUAAUGUAAAGAAACUAAGAGCCUUGAAAAAAGGUUUGACGAAAUCCUAAUGAGAAUAGACAAUCUAGAGAGGAAUAUAAGUGAAUUAAUGGAACUGAAGAAUACAAUAUGAGAACUUCGUGAAGUAUGCACAGAUUUUAACAGUCGAAUUGAUCAAGCAGAAGAAAGGAUAUCAGAGGUCAAAGGCCAACUUAAUGAAACGAGAAGAGAAGAUUAAAGAAGAAAAAGUAAAAAGGAAUGAGCAAAGUCUCCAAGAAAUAUGGGACUAUGUGAAAAUACCUAAUUUACCUUUGAUAGGUGUACCUGAAUGUCAUGAAGAGAAUGAAUCCAAGCUGGAAAAUAUUCUUCAGGAUAGUAUUCAGGAAAACUUUCCUAACCUAGUAAGGCAGGACAAUACUCAAUUCCAGGUACUGCAGAGAACACCACAAAGAUAUUCCUCAAGUAGAGCAACCCCAAGACACAUAAUUGUUAGAUUCACCAGGGUUGAAAUAAUGGAGAAAAUUCUAAAGUCAGCUAGAGAGAAAGGUCAGGUUACCCAUAAAGGGAAGCCUAUCAGACUCACAGCAGAUCUCUCAGCUGAAACCCUACAAACUAAAAGAGAGUAGGGGUCAAUAUUCAGUAUCCUCAAAGAAAAGAAUUUUCAACCCAGAAUCUCAUAUCCAGCCAAAUUAAGCUUCAUAAAUGAAGAAAAAAUAAAAUUUUUUGCAAACAAGAAAGCACUCAGAGGUUUCAUCACCACCAGGCCUGCUUUACAAGGGCUUCUGAAAGAAGCACUAUACACAGAAAGGAACAACCAGUAUCAGUCAUUCCAAAAACUUAUCAAAAGGUAAAGAGUACCUUCAUAAUGAAGAAUCUAUAUCAACUAAUGAGCAAAAUAGCCAGCUAGCAUUAAACGAGAACAUUAAACUCACAAAUAUCAAUAUUAAUUCUAAACUUAAAUGGAUUAAAUGCCCCAAUCAAAGACACAGACAGGCAAAUUGAAUAAAAAGUCAAAACCCAUUGGUACACUGUAUCCAGAUCCAUCUCAUAAGCAAGGACACACAAAGACUCAAAACAAAGGGUUGGUGGAAGCCUUGCCAAUCAAAUGGAGAGCAAAAACAAACAAAUAAACAAAAAAAAAACCCAGGAGUUGUAACUUUCAUCUCUGACAAAAUAGACUUUAAUACAAGAAAGACUAAAAGAAACAAAGAAAGACAUUACAUAAUGGUAAAAGGAUCAAUGCAACAACAGGAGUCAAUGAUCAUAAAUAUAUAUGCACCCAAUAUAGGAACACCCAGAUACAUAAGACAAGUUCAUAAUGACUUAUAAAGAGACUUGGACUCCCGCAUAAUAAUAGUGGGAGACUGACACCACAUUGUUAAUAUUUGACAGAUCAACUAGAUAGAAAAUUAACAGGGACAUCUAUGAUUUGAACUCAGACCUGGAACAAGUAAACUCAGUGAAUAUUUAUAGAAUUCUUCACCCAAGGUCCACAGAACAUACAUUUUUCUCAGUAUCACAUUACACCUAUUUUUAAAGUGACCACAUAAAUGGAAGUAAACUACUCUUCAGCAUUUGCAUAGCAUAUCACAGACUUAAAUGAAAUAUUGGUUGGCUGUUUGUUUGUUAUUUUCUUCCCUUAUUCCUUCCUGUCUCUGCUGUUAAACACAAUUAUUGGCAUAAAGGAGGUUUUUAAUACCUAUUUUUAGAUUGCAUUCCAGCCUGGGCAAUAGAGCAAGACUCCUGUUCUCUCUCCCCCUUUCUCUUCCUCUUUCUUUUUUUCAAAAAAAAAAAUAAAUAAAAAAUAAAUAAAAAUCUCUUUUCUAAGUUUUUCUUAAGACUAUUGGAUUUUGAGACUGCUAAGGGAAGAGGAUUAGAUAAAUAUUCUUUCAGUGCCCUAGAUUUCUUCAAUUCUAACAAUAAAUAUUUCCUGGAAAAUAAAUUUUUGAUUUCCUUGAGUCAUUUACCUUCUUCCUGUUAGGAAAAUGCACAUAUUUUUUAGGUGCUAAGACAGAGGACUAAGAAAUCAAUGACAUAAAAAGGCAUAGUUUAAUUUUUUUCUUUGAAACUAUUAUCCUAAGGUAUCAUACAUACUAUAAUUUAUGAAUAUCCGAAAGAGUGAAAACAGUUUUAUUGAGGCCUUGUAAAAUAUGGCAGGUGCUAGGACCUCAUGGAACUCAGUAUCUUCAGUAGGAUGUGAAACAUCACAUCAUGGGGCGUGGUGCAAUAUGAGCAGGUAAAGAAAAGCCAGUUCUUCCACAUGUAAACGACUUGAACUCCAUUUCAUCUUUUUUCAUACCAUCUCCAAGAUUUCAGCAGUUUUCACACUUGCUUGUUAAACUGAAAGCAUGUUUCUUGCAAAGGCUCUAUUGGAAGGAGCAGAUCGAGGUCUUGGAGAAGCUCUUGGAGGCCUCUUUGGAGGAGGUGGGCAGAGAAGAGGAGGAGGAGGAGGAGGAGGAAAUAUUGGAGGGAUAGUUGGAGGAAUUGUGAAUUUUAUCAGUGAGGCUGCAGCAGCUCAGUAUACUCCAGAACCUCCUCCUCCUACUCAGCAGCAUUUCACCAAUGUGGAAGCCUCAGAAAGUGAGGAAGUUAGGCGAUUUCGGCAGCAAUUUGCACAGCUGGCUGGACCAGACAUGGAGGUGGGUGCCACUGACCUGAUGAAUAUUCUCAACAAAGUCCUUUCUAAGCACAGGGAUCUGAAGACCGAUGGUUUCAGUCUCGACACGUGCCGGAGCAUUGUGGCUGUCAUGGACAGUGACACGACUGGGAAGCUGGGCUUUGAAGAAUUUAAGUAUCUGUGGAACAACAUCAAGAAAUGGCAGUGUGUUUAUAAGCAGUAUGACAGGGACCAUUCUGGGUCGUUGGGAAAUUCUCAGCUGCGGGGAGCUCUGCAGGCAGCAGGCUUCAAGCUAAAUGAACAACUUUACCAAAUGAUUGUCCGCCGGUAUGCUAAUGAGAAUGGAGAUAUGGAUUUUAACAAUUUCAUCAGCUGUUUGGUCCGCCUGGAUGCCAUGUUUCGUGCCUUCAAGUCUCUGGAUAGAGAUACAGAUGGCUUGAUUCAAGUGUCUCUCAAAGAAUGGCUACAGUUAACUAUGUAUUCCUGAAGUGGGCACUGAGAAGUCAAGACCCUCCCUGGAGGACUGAAAGCCUUGCCAUGUUGUGCACAGUUGCUGAUACCCUGUGCAACAGCUGUCAUUUCCUGGCGAGCUCUUUCAUAACCCUACAUAUUUCUGAUCAUGUGCUGCCUUUACUGCUGAAUUAAAACAGAUAUUGCAUGAAAAA